AUGGCGAUCCAUCACUCAAGAAUUGUGCUUCUAUUCUUCCUGUAUGCAACUUUCACCAUUUUCUGCUACGCCUCCAAUGUUUUAGAAGCCAAAACCAAACCUACAAAAUUGAUCACCAAACUAAUCCACCGCAAUUCUAUUCACUCCCCAUUUCAUAACCCCCACCACAGCAUAGGAGAUAAAGCCAAAUUCAUUUUUGAAAACUCACUUGCACGCUUCACUAAUUACAAAACUGAUCUAGCUGCUGGGACUGACAUGGGCUUGCUAUUUCUAGUACGUUUUUAUAUAGGCAAUCCAGCGAUCUCACAACUAGCCGUCAUGGACACUGCAAGUAACCUAUUAUGGGUACAAUGCUCCCCAAAUUGGUAUAUUUCCCGACGUAGUCCAAUUCCAUUGUUAGAUCCUUUAAAAUCAUCUACAUAUGCCAGUAUGCCUUGCAAAUCAGAGUUCUGCUCAUAUUUUCCUAGUUCUAGUUGUAUAAAUGAGCAGUGCACUUAUAAUAUUUCAUAUGUCAAUGCUCCUCCAUCAACAGGAAAUGCAGCUACUGAGCAACUCCUCUUCGAAUCAGAUGAAAAUAUAGUUGUUGUUCCUGAAGUAAUAUUUGGUUGUAGUAAAGUUAACAAAGAAUAUAUUGAUGGUGGUAUCAAUGGUGUUUUUGGCCUUGGACCGAAAAAGCUAUCUAUGGCGAGGCAACUAGCAAACAAAUUCUCUUACUGCAUUGGUGACUUUUAUGAUCCCAACUACAACUAUAAUCGCUUGAUCUUAGGAGAUGAGGCACGCUUAGAGGGAGAUACUGUUAAUAAAAACAGAGCAGAACAGAGAAUAUGA